AUGAAGGACGUUUGCUUUCAGUUCAGCUUGUUCAUGCGUGACGAAACGGCUGAUCCGUCAUGGGUGGAGCUGGUGGAGGAGCUGGAGGGGAUCUUGAACCAGGAGGACAGCUGUCUGUUGAGCGAAUGGGCUGAGGUCAACCAUGAGAGGAUGCUCCACAGGGUGAUUCAUCCGGUCAUCCUCGGCUAUGUUCGUCGACCUUACUUGUCUGCACUGCUCGAAUCUUUGAAGAAAUCAACACAGAUCGGCGCGAAGAAUGUUAGCAGUUGCCCUGAGCACUGGAACCCGUUCGACUGGAGAUUGGUGUCGGAGUUCUUGACGUUAACGCAGCUCUUUGUUGCAGAGAAUGGAAGAGGGAGGAUGAAAUGGAUGAGCAUGAACGAGCAGUUCAAGGACGAGUUUAAUGCACUAGGGCUGAGCAACAUCGUGGGAAAGAAUUUGGAGGCUGAGACAGUCAUGCAAACCCUGAGGGUCUCUUUGGUCCUUGCAAUGAUUCUCUCUGAAAACCCAAUCCGCUGCAUGCAGAUAUAUUUGGAAGUCAAAGGGAGGAGCUUGGAUUUCCAGGCAACUGAUGAGGACUUGAUAUUGAAGUCGAUAGAAGUCUACUUCAAAGCGCAACAUCGUACACUUAAGGUCAUCCUCGAAUAUCUUUCAUUCCUGCGGAGGGACAACGAUGAACUUUGCCAGCAAGUCUUCUGGGCGGAGAAUUCUUUUCUGAAAUGUUGCAACUGCUCAUGUUUGAUGCACGCGCUGACAGAAGCUGCGGAGAUCUGCCUGCACAGGAGCAUCGAAGGGAAUGAAUGCAUCCCUGAAAGACACUUACAACAGCUCCAGUCCGAGAUCCUCAGCGAGUUGUGUGAGCUGUGCAAGCUGCUGCCCCUGGGAGCUGAAGGCCACAGGCUAACAGGAGACGACGUGGCCGUGCUCGAGAGUUUGGCGGCGCUCUACAUGAAGACGUCUUGCAUUACUUUCUCUGAGGUGUCUGGUAUGGAGCAGGAUGUACAUGUGUCGGGUUCUCGUGGAGUGGACUACGGAAGGAAUCUCUUGAUGACAGGGUACAGGUUGCACACGUCUACCUGCUCUUGUUCCUUAGCGAAUGUGUUGACGAUGUUGAUAUGUGGGGCUGAUGCUGAUCUGUCGCCGGAUGUUCGAGGAAGCGAGGGUGAAUCAAUCUUUCAUGAUCUUGUGGAGAUUCUCCACUCGAGCAGGUUUGAGGAGAUGAGCAGUCAGUACAACUCGAGCGGGAGGGAGGGAUUCUUUCUCGCUGAGACGUUGAAAUGGUCCCCUACCUUGCUUCUCCAGCACUUGGGUCUACUCGCGUCAUUCCGACUCGCAAGAUCGAACUCAGCAGAAGCUUUCAAUCAUGCGCUAGCGUCCUGCCUCAACGGCUCCCUGCAUCACCUCGCUCUUAUCCUCGACCUCCCUGCUCUGUCUCGAUGGCCCGACGUGAAGGACGAGCUGGGCAAGCACAACGCGAAUAUUGUUUCAUUCGCGAUUGAUGUACUUGAACAUCAUGCCGUCACUUCGAUAACUCGCGAUGAUAAUGUCAACGGGUCGGGAUACAAGAACUUCGACCAUGAACUUGCUGUUUGGAGUUCUUCAGUGGAAUCAUGUCUUUCUUGCAUCAGAUCUCUUGCUGCAGAUCCUCAAGUUGCAUUUCAUCUCGCCGCCAACGAUCACAUUGGCAAGCUUCUCGCGAUGGUACAGAGGGCGUUGAAGUUGACAGAGAGCGACUUGUCGGGAGAGGCACCUUACAAUCAUCGCGACCACAAGAUGCUGUUCCCUUCUCUCCGCCUAGCCAGCAGUUUCUUCCACUUGUUCUCCACUGUGUUGGAGUCUAUCGAUUCCGUAGCAGCGGACGAGGACUCUGCCUCUCUCUGCUUCCAACGUCUCCUCUCUCGGCUCAACCAGGCGAUUCGAUUGUUCAGAGGAAGCCCGCCUCUUGCCUUCAGCUUCCUUCAAGAUUAUUGUAGACUGUCCGCCUCCUACAUGUCAUUUCCAUCCUCACAGGCAGAAACGGUCGAGCACAAGAAGUACUAUCACUCCCAGCUCAAAAGCCAGCUCUUGGAGAAUUCCGAUCUCCACACGUCAGGAAGUUGUUUUCAUGCGCUCUUUCAGAGCCACUUCGCGGUCCUGACAGUGGAGAAGAAAGAGCUGCUACAGCAGCAGCUCUCACUGUACGAGAGCGCGCUGAUCGACUACUUUUCCUCCCUCCUUCAGCUCAUCCGGACCUGCUGCCCUCGUUUGACACCUGACAGGCUCAAGUCAUUGAAUUCAGACCUCCACAUGUACUCGAGUGAGAUGCUGCUGCCGCACCUUGACUUCCUGCUGUCCACGUGGACCGAGCCAGUCUCUUCGAAGAUCAAGACUCAAGUCGUGCUCCUCAUGAAGGAACUCGUGCUGCCUCUCAGGGGAGACGCGAGUGAGCUCGCAUCCUUUGUCCGCAAGUUGUUUCGGCUGAUGUAUGCUCCCGUGGUCGACCUCGAUCACGGUGCCAUGGGAGGCAAACCUGCUGAUGUCACCAGCAGUAUGUUCAACAUGUUCUAUGUGGAGUUCCUGGUGAUGGACAGGGCCAGCAGGAAGUAUGGGCACACCAUCGCCAUGCUUCAGCUCGUCUCUUCUCUCCUCCCUUCCUUUCCUGCUGAGGUCUCCCGGCGGUUCCUUGCCGACUGCUACCCGAUCAUGCAGCUUGCAACCGAGUCUCAAUCAGCAGAGAACUUCUUGGAUCCCAAGGAGAAGUGGCAAAUUCUCAACGAGCUGAUGAGGAUGGGAAGUCUCUGUCUCCUCCCGCACGUCAUGCGCGAUGACCUGAACCACUUGGAGCAUCUGACGCGGACGAUGCUGGAUCGAUCUGUGUUUGCUAGCUCUGCCAAGAGGUUUGCGACAGGCUCAUCGGCUGAUCCUCGCCUCGACGUCAGGAAGUUGAUACACUGGAUGAUACACCCCAACAUGUCAGAAGAGACAGCGGCAGGCACGGGCGAGCUGAAGGGCCUGGUGGAGGUGGCAGUGGAGCUCGUAGGCAGAGGGCUUGAGCAUGCGCAGCGGCAGGAGGAGACGAUCGCUCUCCCCGAGCUCUCUCACGCCCUUCAGAGCUGUACAGAGCUCUUGAUUGUCUCCUUCCAGCUCUGCGCUGACCAGUGCGGGCCCGAGGAGGCUGACACGGUGUUGGACCACGUGUGUUGGUCGUGGACGGGCACCAACGAGAAGCUCAGCCGCAGGAAAGUCCCGUCGACCCUCCUCGAGUAUGCCGUCUUGGAGGACGAGCCCGAGCUUGCGGCACUUGCCCUGGAGCUGCUGCUGGUCAUCAUCACCUCGUCCAAGAACCCUGUGACCCGCGACGUCGUGCUGGCUGAGAUCUUCUUGCUCGACACUGAGCUGGCGGAGCAGGCUCGGAUCAGUCAUGGCCUGUGCUGUUGGUUCGAGCGAGCGCAAGCCUCGUCCGACGAGCUCUCAGUCGCGAUAUGCUCGAGGAUCCUCCGACUCCUCCUUGCAAGUCUGCGGACACUCGAGGACAGGGAAGAAGAGUCUCCCUCCCUCGCCCUUGCGCUGCUCCAGUGCGCCAACAGCUCAGGCAGUCUCUUCACCACGAUCACGCGACGCUCUUCUCUUCAGUGGCCGAGUGCAGACGAGAUGGCAGGGGAGGAGGCGCUACUGAUGCAGGUGGACAGCCUGCGGAGGGUGAAGAAGUGCUCGGAGCUGGCGGCGAUGACGUCAGAGCUGAUGUACCACCUGGUCCGAUCGCCAUGGGUUGUGGAGAUUCUGAGAGGAUCCUUGGAGGAGGAGAUGUCUCUGCUGCUCGAGCACUUGGCGUCUGACUUCCCCUACUUCGAGCUCAUCAAAAGCAUCCGUGACCGCGUCUCCUUCCUCCGAUCCGGGAACUGGCUCCUGGAGAACGGCUUCGCGGAGCCGCAGGUUCAGGACUUUGAUGGGGGGAUGCUGACAUGGGGGGAGGAGGAAGCGUUUACUAGGUGGCUGUCGAGGUACCCGAGAGAUGAGAGUUUGGUGCAGCUGUUGGUGGCAGGAAGGAGGAGAAUCCAAGAGUUGGAAGGAGUACUAGGGGACCUCGUCAAUUGUCAAAUCCAUUUCUGUCACAAGACUGGAUGGAUGCUGCGAUGUCUGGCCGACUGCAUCUCACACAAGCAUAUCAAUCUCCACGACGACAAGUUCUACUUGAUGUUGUCUUCUUUCAUCGGAUCGAAAGCAAGGGCCAGCAGUCCUGACAAGUUUCACUUCAACUGGCGAAGUGGCUCCUUGCAUCACCUGCUCGACAACCUGACGAAGCUGCAUGGAGUGGAGGAGGAGGUAGACACGCAGUCGUUGGACCUUCAUCCUCUGCUUGCAGCGUCGGAGGCGAAGGAUUGCCUCGUGCCCUGCGACUCGUGGACGUCUGACAUGACUUUUUUCUCUUCAAAUGCCGUCAAACUUCGACUCUCUUGGAAGCUCGCCAAUAUGGGCAGGAGGUCGCAGGGAGAGCAGGAGGCUCUUAACGUGGAAGCGUUUGUCCAGCACAAGCUCUGCUCGCCUCUCAAUGGCUUGAACGUCUUGAUGAGGUGCCAGAGCGCUCGCCAGCACUUCCUCUGCUCCCUCCGUGACUUCAGCCGAACCCUCGCCGACCAUGUCGAGGUCCUGCAUGACGCCGGUUACUGUCCUGAGCUCGCCAUGGCUGCAGUGGAAGAGAAAUUCUCCUUCUUCUUCCACCUCCUCUCUCGCCACGUCAUCCCCGCGUUUCCCGCCCGGCUGAGCGCGAGCAACGUGGAGGUUACGGUGCACCUGAGCUUCCUGCUGGAGCAUGGAGUCUCUUUCUUGGUAGCGCAGCGGAGUCAGCGGGUUGAGUCGGCGGAGCAGGAGGGGAUGAGCGAGACGGUCGGGAGGUGGCGGCAGAAGCUGAUGCUGCUGCUUGACUCUGUCCUCGGCCUCCUCCUCUUCACGAGAGGCUCGUCAGACGGAGGCAUGGAGGAAGGCGGUUCCGUCGGGAGUCGCAUGAUCCGCCAUCGGCUCUACUCAGCUUGCCUCCAGCUGCUCGCCCACCUGAAACUGGACCUGUUCGAGGCCAUCGGAAGCCGCGAGCAACGAGACGGCCUCAUCCGGCGAAACCUCCAGGCUCGCAGCGGCAACAGCAGCACGAGUUUCCUCCUCUUCCGCCCGCGGGAGGUGGAGGCUUUGCUGGACUCUCGCCGCCAGCCUCUUCUCGACCUCACCCUCCGUGACUUCAUCAACUUCGACGAGCAGCCGAGGAGCUGGGACCCGAGCUGGGAGUGCAGGACCCUCGCCCUCCGCCUCCUCCUUCACCUGCUCCCCAGCGGCAACACUGCGCUGCACUCGAGAUUCGCGCCCAGCAAGGGCUCUCUGCUCCCCGACCUUUCGAGCUUCUUGCAGCGUUCGCACCUCAUCCGCCACUGCCUGGACGACCUGGAGGGGAGGACGUCGUUGCCCUCCCUGCUCGACCCCAGCAGCCACGAGAAGUUUGCGGGGCACCUCAACGUGUUCACGGCGAAGGUCCAGCUGUUGAAGCAGCUGUCAAGCUCUGAGGCAGGGCUGAGGGAGUUGACAAGGAACGGCAUCCUGCACAAGCUGGGCCUCUGCUCGUUCCUGUCCUCGAGAAUCUUCAGCAGAGAGCAGGCCAGCGCGUUGCUCUUUCCUCCCUCCGGUCAAACCUCUCGGGUGUCGAAGAACCUCCUCGCCCUCUCCUUCCUCUCCUUCUCCCUCGUUGCCUCCCUCCUCCGCAUCCCUGCCAGUUCCAUGCCAGAGCUGCUUGCUGGACGAGCGACACAGAGUGAGAGGAUGGAGGAGGAGGAGGAGGAGGAGGAGGAGACAGCACCCGCAAAGAUGGAAGAGAGUAUCCUCAAGUUCAUCUGGAACCAUCGGGCACUGAUGCAGGCCAUCUGCUCUCCUCCUCAUGAGCGAGCGAGCUGGCAGCAGGCGCUGGUGCCCUUGAACGGAUCAACGAUGAAGAGGAUGAAGGUGGAGGCCACUGAGCGACAUCGUUGCGUCCUCGCCGACCUCUUCCUCUCUGCCAACCGUCUCCGCGUCCUCGAGUCAGACGCCCCCAACCCCGGACCUCUCGGGGCCCAGGUGAAGGAGGAGGUGAAGCAGUACGUGAUCGCCAUGCUCGACCACUUGCUGGAGGAGAAGACGAUACGCACAUUGCCGUGGGCUGGAGGAGAGGAGGAGGACGAGGAGGAAGAGAAGGAGGAAGUGUGGGCGGUAGAGGACGUCGAUUUGCUUCCUCCCCAAGCUGUGAAGGAUCUCAAGCUUGAGACGCUGCGGCGCUGCCUCUCUUUCCUCUUGCAGCGUGUUGGUCCCCAGGGAGGAGGAGGGGAGCUGAUGGUGGAUAGUUCGGAGGAGCACACAAGCUCCCGAUGCUUCUUGCCUGCAGUCAGGCUCGUGGAUUUCCUUGGGCUCUGUGUGGACUAUCUUUGCGGGAAGGAGGAGGGGAGGGGAGGGCAGGAGGAGGAUGGGGAGGGCGGGAACGGAGCAUGGGGGGAGCUGUGCAGGAGAUGGCAGCGCUUGUUGGAUCGCAAAGUUUCAGCGUCCAGGGACGGAAACCUUCGCUUGCAGGAUAGAGAUUUCAGCUACUUCCGCGAGCAUGUAGAGAAGGUUUGCAAGGUCACAGAAGACGCGCUGGAGCUGAUGGUGAGGAGCUUUCACCUGGAGGUGGGCGGGGAGGAGCAGAGGUCGAGCAGGAGAAACUCUCUUGUCCUCGCCUCCAGGAUUUGGAACCCAGACGGCAAGGGAUACGCACAACGAUUCUUGAAGUUCUGCCAGCAGCGGCACCAGGAGCAGAGCAUGCAGUGCAACUGGCCGCGCGUCCAGGAGGCGAAUGAGAGGCUGCGAGACCUGCAGGAGGGAAGAGAGAGGAGAUGA